UAUGCAAGGUACCGUACCACGACGAUCUUCAAGAAACACAAUCUUUCUGCGACAUAAUACGUCUCUCUUUCUACCCUUUGGUCUUGUCUGCGUCUAUUGAUUGAUUCCUUCCUUGAGUGUGAUUCGUUUGAGAGCCAUGCAUUAUUAUUCCCUCGCUUCUUGGCUCUGCCUGGCUACUGCUGGGGCCGCUGUCGUUUCUGCUAGCCCGGCUCCGACUCGAGUCGAUAGGAGAGCUAGUAGCUGCACAUUCACUGAUGCUGCUGCUGCCACGGAGAACAAGGCGUCUUGUUCGACGAUUACACUGAAGGAUAUCGAAGUCCCUGCGGGGAAGACUCUCGACUUGACGGAUCUGAAUGAUGGGACUAAGGUCAUUUUCUCCGGCGAAACCACCUUCGGAUACGCCGAAUGGUCCGGCCCUCUAAUCUCCAUCUCCGGCACAAAUAUCGCCGUCUCUGGUGAACCCUCUUCUAUCCUAAACGGCAACGGAUCCCGCUGGUGGGACGGCAAGGGCAGUAACGGCGGCGUGACGAAGCCCAAGUUCUUCUACGCGCAUCACCUCGACUCGUCGAGUAUCAGCGGCAUCACGAUCAAGAACUCCCCUGUUCAUGUGUUUAGUAUCCAGUCGGAUGGGUUGGUCUUGAGAGAUGUCACGAUCGAUAAUUCGGAUGGCGAUACGCAGGGUGGACAUAAUACCGAUGCGUUCGAUGUUGGGGAGAGUACGGGGGUCGAGAUUGUAAAUGCGGUUGUGAGGAAUCAGGAUGAUUGUCUGGCUGUUAAUUCGGGGGAGAACAUCCUCUUCUCCAACGGCACUUGUUCCGGCGGCCACGGUCUCUCCAUCGGCUCUGUAGGCGGCCGCGACGAUAACACCGUCAAGAACGUAACUAUCCAAGACUCCAGCAUCUCCAACUCCCAAAAUGGCGUUCGCAUUAAAACCGUCUACGGUGCCACCGGCUCCGUCUCGCAGGUCACGUACUCCAACAUCAAGCUGUCCAACAUCACCGAUUAUGGAAUCGUCAUCGAACAGGACUACGAGAACGGGAGCCCUACAGGCGAACCGACGAACGGGAUCUCGAUCACCGAUCUCACCAUCGAUGGCGUGACGGGCUCCGUGGCGGACGACGCUACUCCGAUCUAUAUCCUCUGCGGCGAUGGAAGCUGCGAGGAUUGGACUUGGGAGGGUGUCGAUAUCACGGGCGGAAAAGAAAGUGAUGCGUGUGAGAAUGUUCCGGAUGGAGCUUCUUGUUGAGGAUGAGAUGGGAAAGUACAUACUCUAGUGUAUGUUACUUGGCUGUUUAUAUGGUUGUGGAUAUUAACUCGUGGGUUAUUGUUCUUUUUUAUGUAUAUACCUUUUUUGUUCUUGCCAUUCUUGUCUAAACUUUGUUGUCAAUUACAUGCCAAAGUGUAUGACAAAAGAAAAAGAAAAGCAUUGUCUAGCAAUCAACGCAUACAUCCUUGAAGAUCCUCCAAGUCGAAUAUCAAACAGUAUCCCCCAGGUCUUCUUUUGUGGGAUGG